AAGACACUGAUUUUCUUGUUUCCAUGAUACAUAAAUAAACAAAAAAAAAAAACAUAGGUACACAUUGAAAUUUAAAGAGUGCAUUAUUACAAUUUAGUUGAAGUCGAAUGACAGAACAAAAAUGCCUUCAAUUAAUAAUAUAAACAGAUUAAACUUCAAUGACGAUGACUACAAUUUUAUUUAUGGUGUUGUGGACGAUAUAUGGAAAAAUGUGUUAAAAGUUGUGUCUCAAAGAAUUUUAGAUGAAAAAGAAAUACACUUUAUAAGCCGUUGCAACGUUAAUGCCAUGUUUCGAAUAUUUAAGCUCCCGUAUCCUCGUGUCGAUGAAGAAGAUGUGUGUGCACAGUCACAUAUAUUUUUAGAUCCCCCACCUCAAAGUGAAAAAGUUGUCUUUACUUCCACAGUAAUUAAAGAAGUUAAAAAAAUGUCUAAGUUAAAAAUAAUUAAUCGCAUUAAAGAUUAAUAAAAUAUAUUAUAUUAUUUACUUAUUUACUUGUUUAAUUAAUUAUUUGCAGAUUGUAUGAACGUAAUUGUUUUAGAGUUUUAGACCUCCUAGGACCAUUUUUGAAAUCCAUACUCUCCCUAUCAAAUAAACUCACCAUAUACGAGCUAAUAUUUUGACCAGUUUGGACAUAAGGUACCUAUAUUCAGUUAUGCCGUGUGGGGUCUGCUAAAUACCAAAUCACUUCAGGCGUUUCAGUCCAUUUGCUUACAAUAGACAUUAAUGUUAGGGGAGGGGGACCAAAUACCAAUAACCAUUAUUAUCUAUCAAAUUUACAUUUACUUAUUAAACUUGUUGUUAGAUACUUUAUAGAUUGUAAAUCGUUUUAAUAAGCAAAACAAAUUAAAAAGGUGGACAAAUUAUGUAAAUCGUUUAUAUCCAUAGACCUUAUACUAGUUAAUAGUAGUUAUACUACACAUUAUCGAAACAGCGAUACACGACAAUACAAACAACAAACUUAUAAGUUUUAAUC